UGUGGCAGCAGUGUUGUCCUGAGGGUGGUGGAGGGUAGGUGUGCGUGCGGGUGUAGUCCCAGUGUUUUGAAUACUGUUGGAGGAAAAUACGGGAACUUUCAACCCUCCGUGACGGGUAUGUGUGUGUGUCUGACGGACCAUAAGACGUCGUUACAGUGGCGGUACAUGGGUUACAGUGAGGUUACAGUGGCAGCACAAGUGUUACAAUGGCUAUGCAAGUGUUACAGUGAACGUGCAGUGUAAGUUACAGUGGUGUUAAAGUGUUACAGUGAAGUUACAGUGGCGGUACAAGUGUUACAGUGAAGUUACAGUGGCGGUACAGAUGGUACAGUGAAGUUACAGUGGCGGUACAAGUGUUACAGCAGUGGUGCUGAUACAGUGGAGAAGGAGGAGGAGGAAGGUGGAGGAUUCCCCCGCCUCCCUCACCCUAAAUGAUUUGGAAGAUGUAAAUGAAGGAAGAGAGCAAGUCGACCAGCGAUAGAGAUAGGGCGUGGGGUGGAUGAUGGGUACUCGUGGGGGCGACAUCUUGGCCUCUCGUAAGCCUUUCAGCGCCCAGAUGGCACGUCACCCUACCUGCCCCUCUGACCACCAGGGGGUGGUGGAGGAGGGUCGCAGUCGGGCCUCCACGUCAUCCAAGGUCUCCAAGAUCGCCGGCAUGUUCCAGGGUAGUGGUGGAGGUGGUGGAAGUCGGGCCGCCCCUGAAGAAGAGGCGUCCACCACCACCGUCAGCACUGCGGGUGGAGGCGACGGGCCCUCGUAUGCUACCGUGGUCCGCACAGAGUCCCACCUGGCCCGCUUCAACAAUGCCCGCGCCCUCUUUGAAAAGAUGGGUCAGGGAGACUCUGCCCAGCCCAAAGUAGUUGCCCCAGUUAAGGCAAUACCAUCGGCCUCCUUGACUAAGACUGAGGUAAAGCCGGAGGUUAAGGUAGUGUCCAAAUUUGAGACCAAGAUUGACCCUGGCACAACAGAAGCCAAGAAGUCAUCUUUCCCCACCACAACGACAACCACCACCACCACUACCACCACCACCACCGCACGACCGGGCGUGACCACACACCACCUGAGGCGGACAUUGGGGGAUACUCUGGGCAGUGAGGAGCAGGGUCGUGGCAGAAGCCCUCGAGGGGAUUCUGUCUCUCCUGCCAGGUCAGCGGGAGAGGCUUCUUCCUCAUCAUCCCGUUCCACGUCACCCAGCCCGGCCCGCACCACCAACGGUCACACCCACCAGGACGGUGUGGGGCCCGUGGGCAUGGGGUUGGGCAUGGCAAAUCUGGGGCUCCGUCGGCCAGGUUCUGCUUCCAGUCGUUCCCUCUCGACCUCCAGCACAGAGUCCGACCCGCCCCGUCGCUGGCCUCCAGGCAAAGUCGCCGACUCCAAGUUGGCCUCUAAACCCGAGUCAGUCAAGUCGGAGCAACUGUCUGCCUCAGAACUAAGGAGACAUAGGCCUGAGAAGCCAGCCAAGCCUGAAAGUCUGGAAAGGAAGUUCUCAACCCACGAGCAACACCAGGAGCUCAUUGCCAGGCACAAGAAUUGGUUCCAGAGCUUCUCUAAAAACCGCUCACCAGCCUCCUCUCCAUGCAAGGGUGAGCCCCGGCCAAACUCACCCUGUAAGGGGGACGGUAUUCCCCCGUUAUUGGUUAGGUCUGAUGAUGGAAGACCCACUUCUCCUCCCAAACAUGACUGGAAAUCUUCUCAUAUAUCUAAGCUGGACUUGAGGUCCCCACGUGGUGUGUCAAGCAGUGAUGACUAUGACGGGACUGAGGAGAGGUCAAGCGAGAGGGAGGAGAGGUCAAGCGAGAGGGAGGACAGGUCGAGUGAGAGGGAAGACAGGUCAAGCGAGAGGGAGGACAGGUCAAGUGAGAGAGAGGACAGGUCAAGUGAGAUGGAAGAGAGGGAGAGUGAGGAGGGUGUCAGCAGCACUCGGACGGCCAGUGACCAGGAUGCGUGGUCGUCGGUACUUCAGAGCCGCUAUGGACCUCGAGCUAAGGACAUCUUGAGUCCCAGAUCUCGGCUGGAGGGGGAGACUGGCCCGGACUGGAGGAAGGAGAGAGCAGCUAUACUCUCUGGUCGGACGGGUCAACGGCACAGCAGCAGCGAGGACGAGGUCACCGCCCCCCCUGUCAAAGGUCAACCCAGGUCGGCCCUCGAUGCCACUCGCUUCGAGGAUGCCGCCACCCUUCAGUCCGGCUGGUCCCCUCCACAACACUACAACCAAACCGAGACGUCUACCACUCCUCGCGACGCCCAAUCAGAGACGUCGAGCGCGGCGUAUGAGAGCCAAUCGGCGGGCGUGAAAACGUUGAAGGAAGAAAUCAACGUUGCGGAGACGGAGCGCGCCAGAAACGUCCGCCAGAGUGUUAGAGAAAACGGCAGCGCCCAUGAGAGCGUUGGAGGGGAGACUGUAGAAAAGGAGGACAUAGUCGCUCUGGAGAAGAAGGAGCAGGCAGACUUGAUAGUGAGUGAGAGUGUAGUGAUUAAGGACUCGGCCAAAGAGAAGGACCUGGAGAAAAAGGUCGAAACAUUGACUAAGACGGACUUGAGUGAUCUUUACAGCUCGGUGAGUCGAGCAGAGGACAGACCCAAGAAGUCCAAGGAAACGUCGGAGGAAGUGAACCACAAACUUAAGGAGUCGAUCUCAGGACACAGUGAGACGGUAGAGAAACGGGACUUCAGGAGAGAGAUAGAGGAGAGGAGGUUGAGGAGGGAGGAAGUGAUAGAGAGGAGGAGAAGAGACGAGAUAAUUGAACGGAGGAGAGACGAAGUAACGGAUAGAGUGAUUGAGAAGAGGAGAGAAGAGGUGGUGGAGAGCAGGAGAAGGAGAGAGAGAGGAGACUUGUCUCAGAAGGGAGUGAGAGGCAAGUUUGGUGAAGCGAGACACAGAGAGAGUAGCGAUGAGAGUCGCGGUGAGGUGAGACAGAGAGAAAGCAGUGAAGAAACCCGCGGUGUGAGACAUAGGGAGAGCAGUGAGGAAAGUCGGGGAGAGGUGAGACACAGGGAGAGUAGUGAGGAAAGUCGGGGAGAGGUGAGACACAGGGAGAGCAGUGAGGAAAGUCGGGCAGUGAGACAUAGAGAAAGUAGUGAGGAGAGUCGGGGUGAAGUGAGACAGAGAGACAGAGGUGAGGAGAGAGUGAGACUGGUGAGGAAGGCUCGAGAGACGAGAGGCAGAGAGAGAAAACAUGAAGUGUCCGGGAAGGAGGAUCUCCCUGUCUCUGUUGACAGGACGGCACGGAGCGAGGCCACGGAGCCAGCGCCCCGCCCCACUCCUGUCCCUGCACCCGCCCCUGCCCCUGCGCCCCACCCUAUGCCUGUUCCUGCGCCACAAACCACGCCCCCUGCGCCUCAAACCACGCCUCCUGCGCCUCAAACCACGCCUCCUGCGCCUCAAACCACGCCUCCUGCGCCUCAAACCACGCCCCCUGCCCCUCAAACCACGCCUACCAUGGUUGAGGAGGUGGUGGAGGUGCCGGCCGGGGACGUGGUGGUGGGCGGGGUGGUGAGCGCCCUCAAAGCCGAGACGGUGUACGUGUCGAGCACCGAGGACCUGUCCCAGCAGGACGACCACCUCCACAAGGUCGACCUCCUCCACAAGCUGACCGACUCCUCCCCCGAGGGCAAGAUCAAGGAGGAUCUCGACGUUAAGGAGAAGGAGACCGAGAGGGAGGUUAUCAAGGAAGAGGAGGAGGAAGAGAAGGAAGAAGAGACGACAGUCAGACGUCAGCUUUUCCCCGACUUGGUGGCAGAGUGUGAGGGCCGGGGGGUGGAGUCUGACCUCAGGUGGGCGGAGUCCAGACCCUCAAAGGCGGAGUCUGACUUCCCGCCGGUGGACUCCAUACCCGCUCAGUUGGAGGUCGACCUCCAGGCCACUACGGAACCCAUCAAAGAGGUGGAGGGUGAGGUCAAGGGGGAGGAGCCAGAGAGGGUAAUCACGCCCCCUCUGAGCCCUCGGGCCCAGUCAUUGGCUGCCCUGGACGCCCUCAUCCACGGCCGCCCCCAGGACGCCCUACCCACCAGAGGCGCCACCCAGGAGGACGAGGAGGAGAUCGUGUAUGACCACACAGUCACGUCUGCCCAGCACAAACUACAGUUCUGCACUACCCCGGUGACCGUCGAAGGCAUCGCGCCGGACCUGGAGAGCCAUGACACUGAUCCAGAGCCUCUACCGCCUCCCAUACCCCCCCAUGGCGUCGACCCGACCGUCGUGCCCGAGGUCCGUGCCUCAUCGCCGCUGCCCGUCUCCGACUCCGCUGAACCUGAAGUCAUGACGGCCGACGAAGCUCAGAGGCUCCUCAGUGCCAACAUUUUGGAGGGAAAAGUCCGGGAGAGUCAGGGGCUUCUCUCUGAUGAAGAGGCCCAGGAGGUGGUCCUUCUCCUCUCCCCGCAGGAGCAGGACAUCUCCAUAGUUGCACCCCCGGUUCCUCCUCACCUCACAGACUCAGUGCCGGGUGCUCCUCCACACUACUCAGAUAUGCCCCCUGCAGUGCCUCCACACUACGCAGAUUCUGCUCCACCCGUUCCUCCACACUACACGCCCGGGGAGGAUGAGUACGACACUCGGGUAGCUUCCCACUUUGACCCUACAUUAACGUCUCCCUUGAGCCCCGAAGAGGAGCCGUCAGAAGCAGAUUCUUCAGAAGCUUCUGGGGACAUUUGCAAAGUGUCUCGGGUUAAAGAGGUACUGGUGGAGGAUGGAGUUCACUACCUUGAGGAUGGCCACUUCUGGGUAGAGGUUCCUGGACUACCAGAUGAGGAUGAGGAUGAAGACAAUGACCCUAAUAUGCCGUUCCAUCCUCACACCAAACUCACCUUCUCAAAGGACCCGGUGCAGGUCUUCAGCACGUACUCAGUGACGGAAUACGACCGCAAGAAUGAUGAUGUAGACCCGGUGGCGGCCAGCGCAGAGUACGAGUUGGAGAAGAGAGUCGAGAAGAUGGACCUCUUUCCUGUUGAGAUUGUUAAAGGUGAGGGCGGUCUGGGUCUCAGCAUCAUCGGCAUGGGUGUCGGAGCAGAUGCCGGCGUGGAGAAGCUGGGCAUAUUUGUUAAGACCAUCACCCCGAAUGGUGCUACAGAGAGAGAUGCCAGAAUACAAGUUAAUGACCAGAUCAUUGAAGUUGACGGCAAGAGUCUUGUAGGAGUAACUCAGGUAUUUGCUGCAUCUGUCCUCAAGAACACCAGCGGUCGGGUCCACUUCCUCAUCGGGCGGGAGAAGGACCCAGAAAAUAGCGAAGUGGCUCUCCUCAUCAAGCAGUCACUUCAGGCCGACCGUGAACGAGAGGAACGUCGCCGAGCCCUGGGUGGCCCGGACUACGACCCCCACACAGGUCACACGCUCUUUGAUCCGUUGUCCUCGCCAUCGGAAGAAAACUCACGGUCGGAUGAGGCCUCGGUUCAACACAACUACGCCUCUUACAUGGAGGGCGCAGCAUCCCCAACCUCCCCCGAAGCCGCCACGCCUCCCCCGGAAGUAUUUGACCUCGAAGGCGACACGUCCGAUACUUCACCCGAGAAUGACGUGACGAUGCUCAAGUUGAAGUUGAAAGAGGUCCAAUAUAAACAUGCAGUGGCUGAGGCAGAGAUUACCAAGCUGAAGAUGACACUGCUGGAGAUGGAGAAGGUGGUCACGGAGAACACCCAGUAUACUAGUCAGCUCCUCGAAGCCCAGAAUAAGAUGACGGAAUUGGACGGUCAGCUGCAGUCCAAGCUCUCGGAGGUGUCCACGUACCAGGACAUGCUGGAGCAAUCUCAGGGACAGUUUAUUGUGUUAGAGAAGAAGUAUUAUAAGGCGAAAAAAAUUAUUAAGGAAUAUCAGGGUCGGGAACGAGACUUCCUUCACCGGGAGGAGUACCACAUAACUCAGCUCGAAGAUAAGGACUCUCAUUACAAUGCCCUCGUCAAGGCACUCAAGGACAGGGUAAUACACUUGGAAGCCGAGUUGACAAAUGCUCAGAAGAAAGCGGGUAUGCCUGUACAGGUUCCUACCGACCCCAACACUCAGCCAGCUUACUGGAACCUUCAGCAGAGUGCCCAGUCUGCCCUCGCCAAGCAGCCUCCCCGCAAGCCCAGCCUCUGCACGCUCGACCCAGAGAUCUCGGAUACGGAAACUUCCGACACUGGCACAUCCGAGGGGGAAAAAGCCAACACUGUAGAGCGUAAGUUACCUGUCAAAGAGGAACUAGAUGAGGCCGUGCCACCUCAUGAACUGCUGGAUGUCUCGGCAAGUCGGGCGAAGGGGGAGUUGGCCUCUCGUGGUGGCUUGGCCAACCGUCACCUGCCCUCCCUCAAGAAGACCACCAGCAUGAGCAGUGCCAGCAGCCAGGGAAAGAUUUCGGCAUACCAUGAGGACCAAAGUUUAGAUGAUAGCAGCCUUGACGACGAUCUCCCCGAAGCCGUUAAACACCCGCCAGUGGAAGCUCCCCCGGACGGGCAACAGGACCAGGGGAGUCGGAGGUCAGCAGAACCACAGGAGUCUCCCCUACCCCCUCACAGUCCCCCUCAUACCACUAGUAGUAUAACCCACGCUAAGUCCCCCCAGCCUCCUUCCUACACCCAAGCAACUAUGGGGGGCAUGAGCCAUUUAGGUAGCCCCCCUCCUCCUUACCAUCAUCCACCGGGCCAGUUUGCCUCGCCUCGGCAACCAUUCGCCUCAUCCCACGUAAUGUCCGACCCGUCCACUGGUCUACCCACCAGACCCCUGGGCGUCGGUAGUGACGCGCAGACCCACGAAUCACGAUCAGAGUCCCGUCCUGAGAUCCCAUAUCGUCACCCCCCUCCUGUUGCCCGAGUACAACCAGUCAACCGAGCAGAAAUUUCUGAGUCGGCUAGUUUGGCCGCCCACUUGGCCAAUCGUACACCUCAGCAGCAGAGUUUGGCUGAACAGCUCAAGGCUUUGUUAGCUGAGAGAGAGUUAGACAGCGACGGAACACAACACAGAGAGCCGAGCCCUAGCAAAAGAUCACCAACAAGCCUCAUGGAAGACGUCAGACAAGCUGUUUUACAAGCAGAUGUCACGUCCUCAGUUCCCACACAGCAACACUGGCAACACCUGGGCAAGAAGCCAGUAAUCAGUGCUCCUGUUCCUUUGUCGUCAACAGCACACGUGGUCGCUCAGGGUCAGGCGGUGCACCCCGUCAGCUCCCCUCAGCGCUCACAAUCUGCAUUUUACUCUCCUGUAAGUAGGGGCAUCGUGAAGUUAAUCUCCAGGGAGUACAGUGGUCACAAUGUUACUGGUGGCCGGGAAUCAAUGCGCGACAGCAACGCUGGAUCUCAGUCUCCGAGAUUAGGCCGCAGCAGCAUACACGCCAGUCCGGUGAGCGGCGUCAGUGCCAACCCUUCAGGCGUGGUGCUGCUGAGCCAGAGACCGCUUGAUUCUUCUAUACCAACACACAAACUAGGACCAGGUGUAGAUGGCAGCAGUGGGGACUUAAGCAGCGGUCCUGCAUCCUUAGGGUCAGGGGAUGAGGGCUCAGGCGCAUCUUUAGGGUCCCAGAGUUCCCUCUCCCUUACCCAACCUCCUACUGAGAGGACCAAACGGUCGCACAUGUGGCAGACCGCACCCGUGGUCGACUGGACCAAGGAGCAGGUCAGUCAGUGGCUGGUGGUCCAAGGGCUAGAGAGCUGCGUCGGACGUUUCCAAGAUAUUGGCAUGACCGGCCCUAGACUACUUAAUUUAGAUAUACGAGAUCUCAAGUCAUUAGGGCUGCCAGCCGACGAGAAGAGCAAACUGAAGAGAAAGGUUAAAGAACUAAGAAUAGCGGUAGAAAAAGAACGUAAACAAGCAGAGAAAGAGAAAAAGGAGAGAGAAAAGCUACAGAAGAAAGCCGAAAAACUAGCAGAGAAAGCAGAAAAAAAGAAAAAGUAGUUUUGUAUCAUUAAACUAAUUAAGUCAAUACAUUAUCUCAGAGGGAAUAUCAUUAGUGCUGCUUGAUGCAGUUUGUAAUUUCCUUCCACACAUACCAUGAAUAUAUUACCUGAUGAAAGUUUCUUCAAAGUACAAUGCAGAUAAAGCUUCUGUUUGCAUAUCCUAUCAACUAAACUGUAUAGACCCUUUUUUAUUUUGGGAACCAUAGAUUUUUAGUCUUCCGUUUCACAAGACCAUGACUUUAUGUUUAUGUGUAUGAUCUAGUGGUGCAUUUAACUCUUCCAAAUUUAAGUGCAAUAACAUUUUAUUUAAGACCGGGAUGAAGGAUUUCGUCUCCGUGCUUAGAUAAGUUGAGUUAAUUGCUGUACUACAGAUGAUUACCACUGAGAUUACUGUUAUAUAAUUUUUUUCCUUCUUGAUGUGAAGUGGAUUGGCAAUGUAGCUACAAGUCAGUGUUAAAAUUGAUAAAAGAUUAGCUUAUUUUUGUGGUAGAAAUUUACAUAACCUGGAGGAGAAUUUCUCCUUGAUGAGGGUUAACUGUGUGUACCCUGUAGGAGCUUGAGGGGAGAGGAACAAAUGAUGCCUUACUUAGGGUAAUCACUUUCAGAGGAAUGCUUGAAAGGAGCCAUUUUCAGUGGCAUUUGUUUUUCAUGACUUUUAUAAACUUUUUUUAUUCUAUUAUGUUUUGACUGUCAACUUGUGCUGUCCAAGUCAUCUGUUGUCUAUCUUCCUAUGUUAGACAUGCAGACUGACUAUUCUAUUGUGACUGUCGUUAUUGUCUAUGGUUUUAUCUAGCUCAUAAUGUUUAUGAGAGUUUUUAAUUCCAUUUAAAAGUUUCUUAACAACAUUUAUAAUCAGUUUAGUUGAAUUUUUUUUAUACUGUUAUUUCUAUUUGUUCUCAUAUUUUUAAUUUUGUUAUAGAAAACAAAACACUUUGGUUGUUAAAUGGUUAAAACAGAGCACAUAGGUCCAGUGAACAUGUGAGAAGGACAUGGUGACCUCGGCUUCUGUACUUACAAUAUAUAUGUGAUUUGUGUUUUCCUGAAAAUUUUGGGUGUGUACAGUAUGUUAUUUUGCAGUGACCUGUGUGAGUCUAUUUUAAAGACUGGUCUAUUUGUUGUUAUGAGCAUACAAGGAAAGUGACAUGUUUUGUGUAAUAGUUCAUCCUUUACUUUCUCUGGUUCAGUGAUGCCUACUUAUUGCAUAUCCUUUGAUACUUCCAUCUUGUACUAGUGUGAUAGAGUGACCCAUGAAGUCAUCUAAUAUGUUACGUCUUUUAGCUUAUUUCCUUUGUCUUGUAUGUAUUUCCCUCCCAAGGAACCAAAAUCUUUCCUAGUAGACUAAAUCCCAUAACAUUUUAUGAAAUUUACCUUAGUGUGUGUCCAAUGUACAAGUAUUUCAAUAAUUAUUUUUUAUUUUAUUUUUUAUAUAUAUAUUUUUUUCAUAUUGUGAUGGCAUUCUGGGUAGGAGAGGGUCUUCCAAGCCCUGGUGAAUGUACACGUUGCCAAAUGUCUUCUUAUACAUUCUCAUUGCCGGCCGGAGUCUGGUUAACUUUUUUCAUUAUUGUGUAGCAUCGCCGAUUAUGUGUUACACCGUGACUGCGGCACUCGCACUGCUGCCUGAGCCAAGCUCGUAUCCGUGUCCUGCGUUCGGUAUCUUACAAAUCUGGGUUGUAACCUCUUGGCCAGGGCAGUGUCGGCUAGUCUGGGACCCAGUAUAUAAGUGACAGAGUUCUUAACACAUCAUGACAUACUUGUGGUGGACCUGGAUAAUAUGUCUGAAUUAGUGAAACAACAGUGCAGUAUAAAAUGCUUUAAUAGACAAAAAACCAAAAACUGUCAAGGAUGAUUGUUAACUACAACAGUAAGAAACCAAAUUGGAAGAGUGGUGGGGAUUACGCAUUUUGCUGUAGUAAUAUACCGCUACAUUUAUUAGCAUUUGGAAACUGGCAGCUAGUGGUCUACUUUCCAUACAUGCUUGAAGAAUACUUGGGUUUUGAGAUUCUUUGUAAUAUUUAUUUGGAAAAAAAAAGUUAAUUUAGAAUUUCAGCGUGAAUACCAAUCAAUCGGAUAAAUGAAGCAAAAGGCUGGAAUCUUUAAAAUUUACUAGAUAUUAAAAAUAGCUUUCGAAAAUGUUUCUAUAUGAAAGUAUUAUAUAUGUUUGCACCCACAACCACUCAUGUGUGGAUACUUUUUUGUUUUAUAUGAAUGGGAAUAAGUCAAUGAGUAUUAUUCAUAAUUGUAUUUUUAAGCCAGUUAUGUGCAUGAGGCAGACAGUUGUAAAUACCGAAUACGCUGUUGAAAUGAUCAUGUCUGUAUAUUUAUCUGUGCUUUUGUAUAAUAAAGUAUUUAAAGAUA